CUCACAAGCCCCUUGCAGCUUCAACAAGCACAUCCUAGCCUAGCAGCAGAACUCAUCAAAUUGGCAAUUUCCACGAGCCUUACCACAAACUGCUACUAGUUCCAGCACUGCUGCAAUCAUGAAUGCUAGCGUACUAAUUCUUAUUGCUGUAGCUAUUUUAACCUUAAGUUACAACGUCCAUUCCAUGGCAAUAACCGAGCCAUGGAUAUGUACGCCUUGUUCGUCACAGGAGGAGUGCGACAGGAACCCUCCAAAUCUCUGCGUAUGGGGUGAAGCCCGAGACGCCUGCAAUAGGCGGAUCUGCGCAAAGGGACCUGAUGAGCGUUGCGGGGGUACCUACAAUGUCUUGGGAAUUUGUGGAGAAGGUAUGAUGUGCAAAUCAGACGAAAGAUGCCACGGUUGCUCGAUUCAGACCAUGGAAUGCUCCAAACGUUACUAGAAACAGUAUUAAAAAAAAUAGUGGCGUGACUUUGAUUUAUGUUUCUGAGUAUUCCGUUAUUUUUGUUUUUCAUCCAUAUUAAGGUGCGUGCACACUAAGCAAACGAACACCAAAUGGGAAAUUUUUGUUUCCUUUUGCUGUUCAUUCAAAGAAACAAACAUCAACUUGAACGUUCACUGAAAACUCCCGUUGACUCUGGAUACCGUUGUGUGCGUUCUGGAUUCAAAGUUUGCCGCUUGGUGUAUACGCGGCUUCAUACAAAAAAAAAGACAAUUUUUUCAUAUCGAAUUUAUUUGCUUGUGAUUUUAGACUAAGAUUAUUUAUUUAAUUAGCUUCGGUAAUUUUGUAUUACAUAAUUUCUGUGAUUAUUUUACAGUUUAAAUUUAAGUUUGUUUAUAUUUAUUUGUAAAUUUUAUAAAGUUAAAGAUAAAUUUGUGAUAUAUAAUAAGUAUAUUAUAGAGUAAGUACAAAAUAACAAACUCAAAAUGUUAUAGAAUAAUUAUUAUUACAUAACAUGUUUUUAAUUAUUAUUCCAAAGUCACCAUGAAUAUUUUCUAUAAAAAAUCUUAGGCAGCUAAUAAGAAAUUUAUUUUCAAUUUGGACAUAGAUAAGGGCAAAUGAAUAAUGAUCUCUUUUUAUUAUCUAUAUAGACUAGAAUAUCUGUUAAAUAAAUAUUGUUGUUGUUUGUUCAUUAUUGAUAACAACAAUUAUAUUUUUUAUUAUGAAAAAAUUGAUCACCAUAUUAUAAGAUGCAUUUUUUUAAGUAGUAACUAUUUAGGAGGUAAAAUUGUUUUUGUUAAAAAAUGUGAUAUUUUACUUUGGAAAAAUGCAUUUAUUUUAUAUUGUAAAUUUUUGUAUAAUUUCAUUUUGGGGUUGCGCCACAAAAAAAAGACGACCAAUGCUGAAAACAAAUCUGAUCCGAUGACAAAACAUUGAAUAAAUCUAAUCCAGCAAGAUAAUAUUCUAUAAGCGCUUAAGUUAUCUAUUGCUGGAUGAUGUUUAUUCGACCCCAUAUAAUAUACACAAAUGUAUAUUGAAUAUGACACUGAGUAACUGAAUAAAAAGCAAAUUUUUGAA